AUGUAUGACUUGUUGACUAACGCACUCAUCGCAGAUACACCGGUUGAAGCAUUUGCCGCAGCACUUCUGCAUCAACGCAAGAGAGAUGGCUGGUGCCACAGCACUGUUAGUGCAUUGGAUGGAGAAGGAGUGGUGAUUGCAGGCAUUGUGCUGCAGUUACCGUCUUCCAGUGGCAGCGGUGAGGACAAAAGUAAGUAUAUGUGCGUUUCACUGGGCAGCGGGACUCGGUGUGUUGGCUACGAGCAGCCCACGGUUCCUCUCGAGACCAACCUUCUGCUUCGAGAUGGACAUGCCGAGGUGAUGGCUCGGCGUGGGUUUGUGGCAUUUCUCUUGGACGCAGCAGACUAUCUCGCACAGGACAAAUCCCGAGAGCACCUUUUCGUGGAACGCCGUUUCUUUAGUCGUCGUGUGUCGGCUGAAUUCACCUCUGAGGACGGGUUGUGGUGCUGCUUUCGACUGCGGGCUGGUGUGACUGUUCACCUGGUGUGCACUGAAUAUCCUUGUGGAGCGAUGUCAAUUCCGCGGGGAGGGGGACAUGUGCUUCUACGCACUCCCGGAGGUCAUUCACUCAUGGGUACGCCUGUUGUUGCUGUUGCUGCUGCCACUGCUGCUAAUGGUGGUGAUUUUGAUGAUAGCGCUGGCUGUGCUGUGCUGUGCCACGGCCACGUCAUUGCUGCCCACCGCAGCCACCCCGCAGAUGGUCUGCUGCUGGUUGGGCGUGUAAAGCCGGGGAAGGGACGCCAAAACCUCUCCAUGUCUUGCUCCGAUAAGUUGCUGAGAUGGCAUUGCUUAGGUCUUCAAGGCAGGCGACGGACGCGGUUGUUUCCGGAGCGCAUUCGCCUCGCAUGUGUGUGGCUUCCAGAUAUGAUAUGUGAUGUGGAUCGUUCUGGGUCAAUUGAGCUUUCGUCGUCGCUAGAAACCGCGAGUAAAGCGUUGAAUGACCGCAGGCACCACUUCUGUCCAGCAGUGUCUCUUGCAAGUAGAGAUAGCCCCUCAAACGAAACGAAGGGCGUGCUUCCUCAGGUGCCAAUCCCUCCCGUUGAUAUUUCUGGCUUCACACCCUCGUCCCUCCGCGCUCUCCUUGGCUCUGCUGAACGUGAAGAUGCUGUGGGCGACGACAGCAACAUGAGGGCCAACUGCUGCUGGUCGCGGAGUGCCUGGGUCACGAUGGUAAUGAGACAGCGAACUGAUCAUACUUCUGCGGUUGGUACGAAAAGGCAGAGAGUGGAUGACACUGACGAAGACGGGUGGCAUUUUCUCAGUUGGGAGGAGAGCAACGCCGCUGUGUUGAACACCAAAGCUGGAUUGCCCCGCGGCGUCACGAGACAAUGCAUGACACGCAUUCUUCAAGAGUUGUCAAAACGGCAGCCGUGUUUCUUGGGAGGAGGAAAACCAAAGGUCAUGACGGAUGCAAUGGAAGAGGCGAUGGUGGGGCGAUUUCCACUCUCACGGGCAUGGAUGGCAUGUCGGCAGCAGAGAGUCAUGCACAACAUCACGCAACACCAACAAGAUGCCGGCACAAAGACGCCCGCAUUGGCGGAAUGCCGGCCUGAUAACAAAGNUGGUGAGGGCGUUGUCCCUUCGUUGUCUGUGCCGGUGAUCCUUGUUCCUGUUGGGGAACUAGAAGGCCAUGAGGCUGUUGUGGCUGGGGGCUCCGCACACUACUGGCUGCAGCAAGCGCGCAUGUGCAGCGAGACCACGGCUGGAGCGCCGCGGGAUGGCGAGGACGCGCGGAGCUUUCCCCUGCUCUGGGUGGAGAAGGGAACGUCCGUCUGA